UCCAGGCUUCAAGAACAACAACAGUGGUGGUUGAUGCAGCAGCACAACAACAGUCAAGAUGAUCAACAAGAAUUUAUUGCCUCUCAAGAUUCACUUCUUUCUAUUCUGGGCAGCAUACUCAUCCAUACUACCAUUUAUGAUGGUGGUAGCGAGGCAGUUAGGCAUCCCAGUGGCCACCCAGGGCAUAAUAACCUCUGUUAUCAUUGUGACUUCCAUGGUCUUCAAGCCGGCCAUCUCGGCCCUAGCGGACAGCCUACCAGCCUACCGCAAGUCCAUCUUCAUAGGCCUACUGGCGGCUAUGGUGCUGGGGUUGGGGCCCAUUGGAAUGAUAUCACCACUGAUUGGUCCUUCAAAUCGUACCGGGUUGCUGGUCCUGCGAAGCGAAUCCACAACUGAUCCUUUGAACUGGAUCCCUGGAUAUCAGGUCCCAGCAGGAAAGAACCAGAGUGCGGUGUCUUUCCUCACCCCUGAUACUGGGGAGUGCUAUGUAUCCAGUGCUUGGGACUGCAUAGCUGUAUGUCCUAAUGGAGACCCAUGUCCAAUUGCGUACAUAUCCACCAUUGGGGCCACUCUCACCCAUGUCCCAGUGGGAGAGAAGGAUAUUCCUGAGAAGUACAUGUCCAGGGAGCAGGUGUCAGACGUGUCCAGUGGACAUGUGAGAGGGAUACAUGUCCAACGAAGAGGUGGAAAUGGAUUCAGUGGACAAGGGGAUCGAAACGAAGAUGAAGUAUGUCCAAACACGUCCAGAUAUGCUGGUUGAUCAGAGUGUAGACGGACCAUUAACAAUCCCAUCCAUCCCGACACCAGAGGAUUUGUUAACCAGGAAUGUACCAUUAAUGAAUCAGUCUGUCCUGACACCAAAGGAUUCAUUAACCAUCAACAGACCAUUAACGAACCCAUCUGUACUGAUACCAGAUGAUUCAUUAACCAGCAACAGCAAUGGACCUUUAGCGAACCAGUCCAUUCUGACACUAGAGGAUUCGCUAAUCAGGAAUGGAUCAUUAACGAACCCAUCUGCUCUGACACCUCACAGGACCAGCAAAGUCAUCUGGACCAGCUGGACCAUUCACACAGUUGAAGGCCUCAGACCACAAACCAUUGAACCACUAAACAUAAGGUAAGUACAGUGGAACUCGCGUGUUUGAACUUAAUUGGUUCCUAGGUGGUGGUCGAAUUGUGAAAAGUUCAGUGUCUAAAACAGGCUUUAAUUAUCAGCCUCACACACUAAGAGAAAGUUCAACUGACUCUUUCAAAAGUCUCUGAGAGUUAAGUCAGUGUCAGAGGUCAACUCAAAACACUUUUGAAACAGAGCUUUCCUAUAAAGUUUUUUGCAACUGAAUUUUGAACAAGUAAGUGCAUUCAGACUCCAGAAAAACGUUCAAAAACCAGGUCAAUUUUUUCUGAACAAAAUUGUUUGGACUCCGGUUUGUCUGAGGUCUGGUACGUUCAAACACCUGGGUUCCACUGUGUGUCUGUGUAUAUACGUAUGUAUGUCGUGUUGAAUAGGUAAAACUUGCGAUUUUGGCUUAAAUGGCAAUGCUCUUCUUACCGAGUAAAGCAAGCGAAAAUUUGUGUAUGCAACAGCUUCGGGUCAGAUUUGGCUUUUGCUGCUUAUGUCACUUGCAUAUUGCCUUUGGGCCUCCCUUCUUACCUGUGCAUAUUCAUUUCUGGCUCUACGACUUCUCUCCUUAUUCUCCUGGGACCUUUGCCUUCUAAACUUGUGUAUGCAAUAAUUU